AUACCGGAGCAGCUGCCGCCAAGUCCGGAUCCACCGCCGCGCGCCGCCGACCCUCGCCUGCCCACCCGACGUGCACUCCUGAUUCCUUCUGGUUCUAAGUCCAAAAUGGCAACUGUCAAGGAUCAGCUGAUUCAGAAUCUUCUUAAGGAAGAACAUGUCCCCCAGAAUAAGAUUACAGUUGUUGGGGUUGGUGCUGUUGGUAUGGCCUGUGCCAUCAGUAUCUUAAUGAAGGACUUGGCUGAUGAACUUGCUCUUGUGGAUGUCAUUGAAGACAAAUUGAAGGGAGAGAUGAUGGAUCUCCAACAUGGCAGCCUUUUCCUUAGAACACCAAAAAUUGUCUCUGGCAAAGACUAUAGUGUGACUGCACACUCCAAGCUGGUUAUCAUCACAGCUGGGGCACGUCAGCAGGAGGGAGAAAGCCGUCUUAAUUUGGUCCAGCGUAACGUGAACAUCUUUAAAUUCAUCAUUCCUAAUGUUGUAAAAUACAGUCCAAACUGCAAGUUGCUUGUUGUUUCCAAUCCAGUGGAUAUCUUGACCUAUGUGGCUUGGAAGAUAAGCGGCUUUCCCAAAAACCGUGUUAUCGGAAGUGGUUGCAACCUGGAUUCAGCCCGGUUCCGUUACCUAAUGGGAGAAAGGCUGGGAGUUCACCCAUUAAGCUGUCAUGGGUGGAUCCUUGGGGAGCAUGGAGAUUCUAGUGUGCCUGUCUGGAGUGGAGUGAACGUGGCUGGUGUCUCCCUGAAGAAUCUGCACCCUGAGUUAGGCACUGAUGCAGAUAAGGAACACUGGAAGGAGGUUCACAAACAGGUGGUUGACAGUGCUUAUGAGGUGAUCAAACUGAAAGGCUACACAUCCUGGGCCAUUGGACUGUCUGUGGCAGAUUUGGCAGAAAGUAUAAUGAAGAAUCUUAGGCGAGUGCAUCCAAUUUCCACCAUGAUUAAGGGUCUCUAUGGAAUAAAAGAAGACGUCUUCCUUAGUGUGCCGUGCAUCCUGGGACAGAAUGGAAUCUCAGAUGUUGUGAAGGUGACUCUGACUCCCGAGGAAGAGGCCCGUUUGAAGAAGAGCGCAGAUACGCUUUGGGGGAUCCAAAAAGAGCUGCAGUUUUAAAGUCUUCUAAUGUACCACUUCACUGUCUAGGCUGCAAGAGGAUUUUAGUUGGAGGUUGUGCACAUUGUCCUUUUUAUGUGACCUGUGACAGAAGCAGUAAUGUUAAGAUAACCUAGGAGCAACAUCAGUUUCCUAAAGUUAGGCGUAAGAGUGGCUCUUAAAACCCUGCAGCUAUAUCCUGAUGCUGAUUGAUAGUUACCUUGUGUAGUCCUAAACUGGCUGGUGUAAAAUAGUUCUGCCACUUCGGAGGCAUGACUGCCAGUGUUGCACAGGCUGCAGUUGCCCUUCAAACCAGAUGCGUGUUUACUCUGUGUGAUGUAACUUCUGGUUCCUUCACCCAACAUGCCUAGUCCAACUUCUUUUUCUUCAGUCAGUCACAUCUUGAGAUGCAAUGUAUAAAUCCAGUAUUGCAUGUCUUGUGCAUAACUGUUCUAGAAGGUCUUAUCUUGUGUACCACAUGUAUCAGAAUAGUGUAUAUUGCCAUGUAAUGUAAAAAAAAAUCUGCAUAUAAAUAAUGCAAACAAUUAUUCAAGUGUCAUGCCAACUAAAACACCAAAUAAACCUUGAACGGUG